CUUUGUUUGCCGUUGACUAUACUGUAUUGUUAUUUUUGUUAUAGUACCUACACCCGGUAUACGCUGCACCAAAAAGCAUGACUGUCAUGCUUCUCUAGGUGUAAGAAGUAUAUGCACGAAGAGGAUGGAGUGUGCUUGCAAACCUUUCCACCAUAUCCAUAUGGGCCAAUGCGUCAAAAAUCGAGAUUUAGAUGAUGCUUGUGAUCACGACCACCAGUGCUACUGUGGUGCAGGCUGUGAGAAUAGAAUUGCUUGCAUUGACAAGCAAUGCUCGUGCAGAGAGGGGUACAAGCCAUAUGGUAGCAGACGAUGCGUCGAUGAUCCACUGUCCGUCAAGCACCACCACCAAGGUCACCAUCACGCGAGCGAAACAUCUGCCGUAUCACAUCAUCACCAUCAUCACAACGUCACCACAGAGCGAAGUUUUGACGAGCCACGUGUUGAAAACAUCGGUGCCAACAAACUUCAAGCUAUGUCAGCAUCUUCAACGUCGGCGACGAGCUUGUCGAUAGUGAUCACUACUGCGCUAGUUUUACUUUUGAGAACGUAGCUAUUCUGGCAAAAGGAUGGCCAAAUCGGCAACACUGUCAGAGUUUGAAAAUGAUCGUUUGUCUUUUAAUCUUAAAUGUUUGUCUCUGUGAGACUCGUCAGCAACGUAUAACAAUAACUAUUAUGUAACGGGAUUUUUUCACAAUUUGAGGUAUCAUUGCAGGUCAGCUGGUCACACUCAGCUAUCAAAUAUGCGGAAAGGACGAAAAACAUUUAAUGGCGAAUUUGGACUUUAAUGACACUUGACCUGUGAUGCCUCAAUAACUUUUUUCUUGAUGACUAAGUUUGUAGUGCAGUGAAUCUCAGACUUCUCAUAUAGUGAAGUAUAGACGUAAAUAAGCGAUUAAGUGAUUCCAAUUUGGAGUGACUCAGUUGAUCAAGGACAUUUUUUUACCUCAAUUUUUUUGUAAAUACUACCACAUAAGCAUCCGUACUCUCAUUAUGGUAGAUCUAAGUUAGAUAUAGUUGAAUAAAAUGAUUAGUUUUUCC